AGGCAGGAGCCUCUGGGCGGGGCCGCGCGUCGUGAGCGCGCGUCAGGGCCGCGCUCCUGGGGGCGGCGCGCGGGACCGUGGCUCUUCCGGUAGCGGGAGGUGGCGCCGAGCGGGACCGAGCGGUGCGGGUAGCUACCGGGGAGGCGGAUCCGGGACAAUGUCUGGGGAAGUGCCACCCAACAUUAACAUCAAGGAGCCUCGAUGGGACCAAAGCACUUUUGUUGGCCGAGCCAAUCACUUCUUCACUGUCACGGACCCUAGGAACAUCCUCCUAACAAACGAGCAACUGGAGAACGCCAGGAAAGUGGUGCACGACUACAGACAAGGAAUCGUCCCUGCCGGCCUCACGGAAAAUGAGUUGUGGAGAGCGAAGUAUGUGUGUGACUCGGCUUUCCAUCCCGACACGGGUGAGAAGAUGAUCUUGAUAGGGAGGAUGUCGGCUCAGGUUCCCAUGAACAUGACCAUCACGGGCUGCAUGAUGACAUUUUACAGGACCACACCAGCUGUGCUUUUCUGGCAGUGGAUAAACCAGUCCUUCAAUGCCGUGGUCAACUACACCAACAGAAGUGGAGACGCGCCCCUCACUGUAAAUGAGCUGGGUACGGCUUAUGUCUCUGCAACAACCGGUGCCGUGGCGACAGCCCUGGGGCUCAAUGCCUUAACCAAGCGUGUCUCACCACUGAUAGGACGAUUUGUCCCCUUUGCUGCGGUAGCUGCUGCUAACUGCAUUAAUAUCCCGCUAAUGAGGCAAAGGGAACUCAAAGUCGGCAUUCCUGUCACUGAUGAAAAUGGCACCCGCUUGGGAGAGUCAACCAAUGCUGCAAAGCAAGCCAUCACACAGGUGGUCAUCUCCAGGAUCCUCAUGGCAGCCCCCGGCAUGGCCAUCCCUCCGUUUAUCAUGAACACAUUGGAAAAGAAAGCCUUUCUGAAGCAAAGAAGUCUCCUUAGGCACCAGGAGGUUCCCAUGGAUGAGUGCACCGAUUCAAGUCACCCUGGUUGGCUUUUGUUUGGUGUUCGCCACCCCCCUGUGCUGUGCCCUGUUUCCUCAGAAGAGUUCCAUGUCUGUAACAAGCCUGGAGGAUGAGUUGCGAGACAGCAUCCAAAGGAGUCAUCCCGAAUUACGGCGCGUGUACUUUAACAAGGGCCUGUGAAGCCGAGGUCAGGCCCUGAAGGCUCCUCCUGGGCCCUGAAGGCUCCUCCUGCCCGUGAACCUCCCGAAGCCACAGCAGCGAGGAAAUCCAUCGUGACGGGGCACUGCCAGUUACAAAAGCCUCUAAAGAUCUGCGUUAGAGUCAAACUGCCCCUUGGCAUAGCACCCAGUGCCAGUCAGGGGCCUGACAUUUGGAUAGUGUUGUAAUUUACAAACAUACCCUUCUGGUAGACUUUAAUGACACUCUUUUCUCAAAGCCCUCACUGGAGCUUUCAACAGCACUGGUAGGCAUAGCGCAUUUGCUCCAGUCACCCGCUCAAUAAGCGUUGGUUGUCAGUCAUUGGAAAGGUUACCUGUUCAAAUACCAAUUUCAUUUCUACCUCUGUCCCACAGAGGUCUGGGCCAUGAAUUAGGAAAACAGGAAAGGUCUGAGACUAAAUAUGCAAGUGUAAAUACUAAGGAAGCUUUGUUUCCAGUUUGGCAACGGACCAGUCCAAAGGAUGGCGACAAAUCUUGAGGUUCAGAAGGUGCACACUCCGUACACCUUCCCAAAGUCAGCUACAGGGUAGGGCGUGAAGCCACCCUACAGCUAGCAUGUGUCUGUGAUACUGCAUUCUCUUGAUUAACUUUUUAAUUUGUCUAGUGUUCUUAUAAAGUCAUUAAUCUGACCUCAAAGGUACUUUAUAAUCAUGAAUUUCCACCAGACAAUUAGCCGAAAUGCACAAAUGCCAGGCUUAGGAGAAUAUUCAGUGUGGUGCAGUGUGGCUGGGUGAGGCUGGUUUGUUAGGAUUUUUUAGAACCGUGAAAACAAUUCCCAGUCCCUAGUUGCCUUUUUUCCCCAGAAACAUAUAAAGACACAAUACAUGAACAAGUCAGCAACAGUGACUCUUGUGUUGCAUUCUACCCUGUUUUAAGACCAUGGAAUAACAUGGCAUGUCUGCAUCUCUACAGUGACUUUACAUGUUAUAUGUUCAGUGUGGCUGAGGUUGUGUUGGAAAUCUGUAGAUGCUCCAUGUCAUAGACAAGCCACUUGUUACACUGAGUGUAAAUCCAAUAAUUCAGAGAUUUGUAAGUGAAAAAACAAAAGUAGAAACUGUCUAGUUUCUCUAGAUCCUUUUUCCUGAUAAUGUGUCCAGAUUGCAUUUCCUCAUAAAGGAAGGCUGGUGGACCUUGUGUCUGUUUCCGUUUUCUCUAAAAGGCUGUGUGGAUCUGAAGCUCUCAGCCCUCCCCCAUGCUGCUGGCAUCUUCUGUAGAGUUGAAUGCCAAGUCACUUGAAAUACAGUGGCUUCCUGUAACAUUCUGGCCUUGAACGAGCCUUGUUGCCAUCAGUGCUUCUGUGUAAAUGGUGGUGAGAGCCUGCAGUCCAAGGCAGGGCUCCACGGGUGCCUAAAGACAUUGCCAUGAGGAGCCAAAGGCCUUGAGGUCCGCCCACCCAGCUCUUGGCCGGAACCCUUGUCUCUGCAUGUUUAGCUCUGAGAGUGUGAAAACUCAGUAGCCAGUUGGGAGAUUGACAGACUCACCAAAGUGUCAGCCCAGGUGUCGUGAGGAAUGCGUAGGAGGUAAUGGAGCUGGGCUCUUUUAAACUUGGUUUUUGAAGUUUGGGCCUCUUAAUGCCUUUGUAUAGGAAUACUCACUGCGUGUUUUAAUCAUGAUUUAUUUUAAAAAAAAAAGAACAAAUGAGUGAAAAUUGGCAAUCUUUGCUGAUCUUUUAAAAACACCUUUUUUUCUGAAGACAAAGCCACAUGAAGUGCAAUAAGGUUGUAAGGCGACUAGGCAAUGUUUCUCUAACGUGAGAUAGAGUUGUGUGUGUGACUCACUAGCAGCUAUCAGUAUUAGUGAGGUGUCUUGCCAAUGUCAGAGCCAAUGUGUCGUUUCAGUUUAACUGGAUGAAAUGUCAAAUAAAUGCAGAAUGAAAGUAAA